GCUAGAGAUUUAGGUCAAUUAUUUUAGAGGAGGGUCUAGAACUAUAUUGUAACGCCAAUAUCAAUAGUUAUUUGUUUAAGGAAGUUAUAGGUUGUGAAAUAUAUAAUAUCGAAUUUAAAGUAACUCCUCUUGAAUUUUAAAAUAUUUUAAGACUUCGAAUGUGUAUUACUUGUAAUAUCAAUAAUAAACCAGAUAUUUGUUAGUUUUACUAAGGUUUGACUAGUCAGUGAAGAAACGAACAUGUAGUCGUACAUAUUUGACUUCAGAAAUGUCCCAGAUCAUUCUUCAUGUUACGUAGUAGUACGACAUAUGCUUAGUUUAACUGCUUUGCUUUUUGUGCAGUUCAUUUCUUAAACUUAAAGUUUCACAUGCGUCAAGAAAGGAUAAAAUCAAACUUAAAGUAAACAUUAUUUGUAAAGUACCGAUUGAGUUAACUACUUCACACGAAUUAUAGUUGUACGAGAUUGUCUAACGUUAGAGUCGCUUAGAGUUAGAACAGAAGAAGUCGGAGACAAAGUGAGACUGUCGCAAUGUCACUGUGACUGAAACAUGGGAGUGACUCAUUGAGUCAAUUGUUAUGUAGCCAAACCUGAUCUUUUGUUUAUCACUUUAUGCCUUCAUCUUUUCAAAAUGGUAACUUCAAGUUCGGAUGUAUCACACAAAGGACAGCAAAAGAAUGUCUUGGAUAUAUUUGCAAGAUUUCCAGUCACGCAUCAAACAGAAGAUGGACAUUUCACUACAUAUGCUGUGAUAGUAGAGACCAACAAUGAAUCUUUUUCCUUGCCCAAGUCCUCCAUUCAUCGGCGAUAUUCAGAAUUUGUGAGGCUAAGGAGGAUGUUAAAGAUACAUCAUCCAAAUAUUGAACCUCCAAAGCUACCUCCUAAAACUUUUCCAUGUGUGAACAGAUUUGAUCCUGGUUUCAUUGAGCAAAGGAGAAAAGGCUUAGAAAAAUUCUUACAACAACUUGUUCUUGUACCACUAUUUCUCUCCGACAGGAGUGUACAUUUGUUUCUCCAAAGCCAACUAUCAAUUGAUAGAAUAGAGAGACUGGUUGAUGAGAAAGCUAAAUUUUUUGAUCCAUUGGAAAAAGAAAAUAUUGCCAGUACUUCAAGUCUACCAGGAGCUGAAAACAACACCAACAUACAGAUAUGUUCACCACCUUGUAACUCUGACCAUCUUCCAGAGGUCGUUAGCGAGACUCAAGAUAGCCCAGUACAUUUACAAAGUCAAUCUUCAAGUGACUCUUCACUAAACAGAAUUGUCUUACAUAACUUGAAGGCUGUCAAAAGUGAGACGUGCUUAAUGAAAAUAGAUGAGAAGCCUUUUACAGCUAGCUGUUUAAGGUCAGGUAAUCGAAGACCUAUUAAAAAAAGUGUUUCUUUUUGUACCCAGGUAGCAGUAACACAGAUUUUUGACUGAAUUUAAGCAACAAAAGUUACCUCGUAAAUUUUAAACACAGUACAUUUACUUGUUUAAUUGCAUUAUAUAGAGAUUUGAAAUUCCUUGUACUCAAUGUAGCUGGUUAUUUUAGCAUAUAUUUGAAAUUUUAUCAUGCAAUUAAUUACAUUGUGUUGAGGUCUGGAUAGAUGGAAAGCUAGUUUAAAUUAUGAUGACAACAGCUAUACAUUUAGAAUAGAUGUGUCUACAAUUGGGAAAAAUUGGUUGUAAAGUGCUAUAUAACAAGUAGUGUCAAUCUAAUGGCCAACUUGAUAAUCCAUAGCUAAAAAAAGAUCAGUUUUUUGUUUUUAAGACAUGCUGAAAUGCAUAAGCUUUUACUGCUUAAGUUAUGGUUUUUGUGUUGAAUAAUUUAAUACAUUCUUUAUAAAACAUAUAUUUCAUAUGAAUAACUUGGACUACAAUUCAUAUUAAUAUUUAAAUCUGCAAUAAAAAUUAUCAUUGUUUUUUUUGUGAGGUAAUAUACCCACUAUGCAUUAAGGAUUCAUGCUUUGCCAUCUUGGAUGCAUAAGAUUUCAUGUCUUGUAAGCUGCAAGGUUUUGUACUGUGUAACCCAGAUGGCCUGAAGUUUGCUGAUCAUUAGUGGCAUACAACAGAAAAAGGUGUAGCUGAAUGCCUUGUGUACAUACUUCUUGUAUGAAAUGUGUAGGGCUGGUAAAUAAUAAUGUGAUAAAAUUGUGUUAUUCUAAUCUAAUAUUAAACUUGUUUAUUGUCCAUGAAAAUUACAGUUUGUUUGAUAUUCUUUCUUUUGUAUUCUCCAGAUUUUUUAAGUGUAAGAUGAUCUAUAAAAUUUCAUUCAGUGAAAUUUCAUCUAAAAGACAUGGAGAACAAAAGUGCCUUCUUUAUUAUUUUCUUCCGUGUAAGCUGAAGUAUUUCAGUGCUAAAACAAUGAUAAUAUGUAUAACCCAUUCUGACAUUUCAUAUGGAUGGAUAGAGAACUUUUUAAUCUAUUCUCCUUCAAUUUUAACAAACUAUUUAAUCAUUUCACUAUCAAUAUCUGACUCAAGAAAUGUUUGUAGAUUGUAUACACUACUGCUGUCAGGUAGAUAUGUUUAUACAGCUGUUUUUUUCAUUAUUAUAUUUUUAAUAUAUUAAACCUCUUUAGCAGGAACCCUGAAGAUUAGCGCAUAAACAAUUCUUUUAAUUUUAUGUCUAACUAUUAUUGCAUUUGUGCAUACUUCCUUCUGGACACUAAUUAUUCCUGGUUGUAAUCACUCUUGUACAGCUUUCUUUUUUACUCUUGUUUGGUCCCAGUUAUAAUUACUACUUGGCAGCAUUUUAUACCUCCAGUAGGAGAAUUAGGAUAUGUUUACAUAUUGUUCAUGUAUUAGAGCUGGAUGAUUAACUCCAUUAAUUGAUAUAAUCAAUUAGUGUCAU